AUGAGGCACUCAUCCGGAGCCGCGAGGUUCCUCGCCGCGCUUACCCUUCUCCUACCGGCAUCGACAUUAGCAGCAGCGGCACCGGCACCGUUAGGGACGACAGUAGCAGCAGGAGCAGUUAGGGGGCUAGAGGGAGAGGAAGUAGCGGUGGGAUUUCGCGGCCGAUUAGCGGCACUCACCGUGAGGAGACUGCAGGAGGAGGAGGGAUGCACGGAGAACACGUCUGUCGGUGACGCCGAAGCCGGGAUCGCGCAGUACGACGACCCGGACGCCUGCCUUAGGGAGGGACCUCUUGUCGGAUGCAACGUGCUCGGGAUCUCGAGCUGCCGAUUGUGCGUGACGAACGGAGGAGAGGCGGCCGAUUACCUGCCCAGCUGCCCGGAGGAGGUGGAGGAGAUCAUCGAGGAGAUCUUUCCCCAGACGAGAGACACCGACGUGCCUUCCACCGCGCCCCCCGCCACCGAGACGCCCCUGCUGGAGGGCGCCACGCCGGCGCCGGCAGACGUAGUAGCAACCCCGAUCCCUUCGGAGGUCGGGGGCACCUCAUCCCCCGCCGCGACCGGCUCGCCCGCGCAGACCGCCGCCCCCGGGGUCGUGUCCACUGCUUCUCCCGGAGCGACCUCGGCACCGGCCAUCGCGACGACUGCGGCGCCCGGAGCUACGUUGUCUCCUGAUGCUACCGCCGCUCCCGGGGCGACCUCCGCACCGGCCAUCGCCACGACUGCUGCGCCGGGAGCGACGCUAUCUCCUGAUGCUACCGCCGCUCCCGGAGCGACCUCGGCACCCGCCAUCUCGACAACUGCUGCGCCCGGAGCUACGCUGACUCCUGGUGCUACCGCUGCUCCUGGGGCGACUACUGCUCCCGGAGCAACCGCUGCUCCCGGUGCUACCGCUGCUCCGGGAGCGACUUCUGCGCCGGCGAUCGUGACGACUGCCGCACCGGGAGCUACGUUGGCUCCUGAUGCAACCGCUGCUCCCGGAGCAACCGGUGCUCCCGGUGCUACCGCUGCUCCGGGAGCGACUUCUGCGCCGGCGAUCGUGACGACUGCCGCACCGGGAGCUACGUUGGCUCCUGAUGCAACCGCUGCUCCCGGAGCAACCGGUGCUCCCGGUGCUACCGCUGCUCCGGGAGCGACUUCUGCGCCGGCGAUCGUGACGACUGCCGCACCGGGAGCUACGUUGGCUCCUGAUGCUACCGCUGCUCCCGGAGCAACCGCUGCUCCCGGAGCUACGCUGGCUCCUGGCACCACCGCUGCUCCCGGAGCGACCCCUGCGCCGGUGAUCGUGACGACUGUGGCGCCGGGAGCUACGCUUGCUCCUGGUGCUACCGCUGCUCCCGGAGCGACGGCUGCCCCUGCCCCCACCGUCCCCACCUUGGCUCCAGGAACCACUUCAGCGCCCGUCGCGACCAUCGCCCCCGGAACGACGCUGUCGCCGGGAGAGACGUGGGCCCCGAACCUCAUCCGCGAGCUGCCCACCCUGGCUCCCGGCGCGACCCUGGCCCCGAGCCCGACCGCGGCCCCUUCCCUGCUGGCCCCCACCGUGUCUCCGUCCGCCUUCACGGGUACUCCGACCGCCGCCCCCACGGAGAGUCCCACCGCCGUCCCGACCGGCAGCCCGACCGCCAUGCCGACCGGCGCUCCCACCGGCGCUCCCACGUUCGCCCCCACGGGAAGCCCCACCGCCGUCCCGACCAGCAGCCCCACGGUCGUGCCGACGCCGGCGGCGACGGUGGUCGACGACGAGCCGGACGGGUCCUUGAUCGGGUCCAUCACCAUCAUCUCCGACGAGGCGCCCGAGUGCGCGGGCGCCGGUAACUGCGAGGAGGUCGUCGAGGACGGACUGGAGAGCUCGCUCGGGCGGAACGGCACCGUCAACGUGACGGACGUGACGGUGACCUCUACAGCGGCUGCAGCGGACGCCGGCAGGAGGGUUCUCCUGUUCGUUGCGGACGGCGACGUCGCCGACGACAGCAGCAGGAAUCGCUUGCUUCGCGGAAGCCGGCAGCUCCAGGAGGAGGAGGCCGCGGGCAACCAGACCGAGACCGAGAUCGAAUACGAGUCCUCGCCCGACCAGUCUUCGAACUUGACGGAGGCACAGCAGGCCGCCGAGCAGAUCAACGCCCUGGCGGAGACCGGGAUCGCGGACCUUCUGGACGAGAUGGGCUUGCCGCCGGACACCGAGGUCGAGAUUGGGGUCACCAAGUUCGUGCAACUCGGAACGAUCACUGACGACGCCGAGGACUGGGACAGCAUCUUCAGCGCUGCGUUGGCGGACGACAGGUCUAUUUCGACCGCGGCUUACCUUGGAUUCGCGCUCGCGCUGGCCAUCCUCGUUCUCCUGGCCUGCCUGUGCCUGUGCUGCUGCAUGUUGUGCCUCAGCAAGAAGGACUCGAGGAGGAGAAACGCGGGGGUCGUUAGGCUGGAGAAGAUCGAGGAGAGCACAGCCAUUAACGAUGACGGAGACGACGAGUUCGAGCUGCCAACCAAGCGCAUGUCCGAGAUCAAGGAACAGCGGAGGGGCAGCAGCUUCAUGAACAGGAUCCCCUUCUUCGGAUCGUCCGCUAAAAUGAAGGCGGGGGAGACCGACAUCGAGGCCGGUACAACCAGGAGGGUGGCAGAGGACCACAUCUUCGCGUACCCCCCGCACUCCAGCGGCGGCGACAGCGGCAAGACCCAAGACGCGGCUGACGCCAGCUUCCCGGCCCCGCUCGGCGCGCCGUCCGGCAACGACUUCUUCUACGCGACGCAGCGCUUUGCCGAUCCGCAGGUUAACUCCCCUUCCCCUCGCACCUCGACCGGCGCUUUGGCCACUGGCGCCGCAGCGGCGACGGCAGCGACGGCGGCGACGGUAGCAGAUCGCCGCCGCCCCGCCACCGCCGCCGCCGCCCCCGCCCAUGCCGGAGAGGUGUCCGAGCAAUGGCCGUUGCCCAUCAGCACUACGACCGUCGGCGCCGGCGGCGCGUCCGGCGACAGCGGGCUGUCGUCGUCUACCAUCUCCGCCGUCUCCGCGGGCUCCAUGGAGACCAAGCACGACGUCGAGAGCGACGCGAGAGCGUCUUCGUUGUCGCCGGCUGGCCGCGCCGGCAGCAGCGGGGCAAUCAACAGCGGGGACGCAGCUGGUGCUACUACUGCCACUGCCGCCGCGGCGGGUGUGACCGCGGCAGGGGUGUUGGGAGCAGGAGCGGCGGCAGGGGCGGCGGCGGCAACGGAGCAGAAGCGCGACGAUGUAUCCCUCGAGGAUAUCGAGCAAGAACACGCGGAGUUUGGCGCUCUCCAACGAGAGCACGAGGCUGAGAACAAGGAGAUCUCCGCCCGCGGGCGGAUGGCCCUCGCCGACUUCCUCCUGGGCACCUCGGACAUGACGAGCCCCACCAGCGCCUCCGGCCGCAUCGGCGGCGCCCUUCCCACGGUGAUGGAGGAAGGAUCUCCGAGAGGUGCGCAAGCAGCCUUCUCUGACGCCGGCACCUCCUCGCAGGUCGCGGAGGGCAGUCAAGUCGGCAGCCAGGUCGGCAGCCAGAUCUCCUCGAGCGCGGAGGGGACCGUCAUCGUCCAGGUCGAGCCCGCCGCGUCCGUAGACUCGGCCCCGAGUUCGGUCGUCGGUGGGCCGACGACGACCUCUUCGGCGUCGGAAUCGACCACCCCCAUCGCCGGCCUCACCACCGAAGCCAGGCUUGGCGCAGCGGCGGCGACUGCGGCGGCGGCGGGAGCCGCAGCCGGCGCAGCGACGGCGGCCGUAUUCUCUUCGAACGCACGGGCGCGCCAGAACCGGCCCAUGCUCGCCACCGACCGGUCGGAGUCUUCGGGGUCGGAGCAGUCCGCGCCGUCCCCCGGAGGGCCGCUGCAGCAGCAGCAGCAGCAGCAGCAGACUAUUCCUCGCCCCCCGGCCCUGUUGGCCAGCGGGAGCGGGAGCAUGUCGUACAGCAUGGGCAGCAGCGGCCACCCGACGUCCACCAGGAGCAGCACCACCAGCAGCCCGGGCUCCAACCUCAUCGGGGUCUCCCUGAUCAGCAACACCCCGAGCGCGGACUCCAUCCUCGAACCGUCCCCGGAGUCGUCACCGCGCAGGCGGCGCACCUCGCCGACGCCCCCGCUGCCGCCGGUCAAGGAGGCCUCGCAGGAGUAUGCGUCGUCGAGCGGCACCGCGGCCGCCGGCGCCGUGGCAGCUACUACAGCGGCAGCAGCAGCGGCGGCGGCGGCGACGGCGGAGGUCACGACAACGCCGACACGGCAGCGGCAGCAGGCAGGGGACAGCAGCGACAUGGACAUCGCCGAGUCGAAGGACAGCCCGUCCUCGUCCGCUGUCUCUUCUCCCGCGAGCGUCGCCGCCGCCACCGGCCUACCACCGGUCGUCGUGGCGGUGGUGAACGCCCCGGCGUACUCGCCCGUCCGGGAGCCGUCGGACUCACCGCCCCCGGCCUACUCCCCGCUCAUGGGCACUCUGGGCUCUUCGCCGGAGGACGGAGCGGCAGCAGACAACACAGGGGCCGCCCGAAGUUCGAGCGGAAGCAGCCGCAGCGACGCGUCGGCUCCGACUGCGCGCCGCCUCGUCCUGGGCGGCGGAGAGAGCAUGAUAUCCGAAGCGAUGUCGGAGGCCGGCGGGGCUUCCCGGCACACCGCCGGCGCGGCGGCGGUGGCGGCGGCGGCGGGCUUGGGCUCCGACGGGGGCGAUUCUUCCGUCGAUUUCUCUUCCUCGGCGCCUGUUGAGCUCAAGACACCUUCUUCGGCGACGGGAUAUGCCGCGGCGGCCGGCGACGGCGAUCGACCGGUGCCUUCGGCUUCGCUCGCGGUGACACCGUCUUCGGUGGGACUUCAGCGGCUUCAGCAGCAGCAGCAGCAGCAGCAGCAGCACAAGCGCACCGGCAGCGAGGGGAGCAUCCAGAGCCUGAUCCUCCAGGGUCCCUCCGUGUGGGACCUCGGGGGCGGCGGCGGCGGCGACGCGGACGUGGAAGAUGUGUCGAUGCAGGACACGUACUCCCCGCCGUCCUCCCCUGGCGCCAUCUCCACGCGCACGGCCAGUACCAUGGCCAGCGCGGUCAGCGGGGGCGGGGCCAGCUCGUCCUCGUCGGCGUCCAUGUCCGCGGCGUCUUCGGCCGCCGCCGCCGCCGCGGCCGCGGCGGGAGCGGCUUCCCUCGCCGCCUCCGCGGCACGCACGGCGGCGGACCAAGCGCGGACCGGCAUCUGGGGGCGGCGGGAGCAGGAGGACGCCGAGCUGCAGAGGCGGCGGCAGCCCAGGGCGGAGGCGAAGAGCUCGCUACGUGUGCGCGACCCGGGGAUGCUCCGCAUGGCCUCGUCCGUGUCCACCGAGGCGCCCAGCUCCAAGUCCAUCUCCGUCGUGGCGCCGUCCCCGGACGGGAGCGGGGCGUACCUGUUCAGCCGCGGAGAGAGCAGGGCGUUCGGCUCUCGCCGGCAGCAGUCUUCCAGCCUCAGCAGCUACCCGAGCUUCGGCCUCAGCAGCAGCGGCGUCGAGAGCAGCGUCGAGGCGGGCGAGACAGGGGACGGCGGCGGCGCCGGCAUGUUCUUCGGCGGGCAGCACUCGGGCAGGAGCAGCGCGUUCAGCGACAACGCGAGCAGCGGCAAUGUGUCCUCCCUCAGCCCGCCGGAAGACCACCUGGACGAAGAUUCGGUGGACGCGGCGACGGCGGCGGCAGCGGUCGCGGCCGUGACGGCUGCUUCGGCGGCGGCGGCGGCGACGCCGUCGAGCGUGCCGUCGCAGGUCGGCAGCAGCGGCGGGCACUCCGUCUCCACGGACACCGGGGGGUCGUACUCGGCGACGACGGACUCGCCGGCGUCGAGGGCGGCGACGGUGGCCACGCCAAGGGCUCAGGAGGUACCGCCGGCGGCGGCGAUCUCCACCAUCGCGGCCGAGCAGCCGUUCUUCCACCAGGCGCCCUCGAACACCACCGGCCAGGCGGCGCCGAGCGUCCCCUCCUCGGCCCCCGGCGGCGGCAACCUCUUCGCUCUCCAGCCGAACGUUGUGGAGCACCAGCGGCGCGCGCGGUCGAGCCGUACGACCGCCGGCGGCGUCGUCGGAGCCGCGGGAGCGGGGACGGUAGCAGUGGGCCAACAGCAGCAGCAGCAGCAACGCCGCUCGUCGUCGCGCAGGCAGCCCUCGACGGGGUCGGUGACGAGGUCGUCCGGGGCGGGAACCCUCGGCGCCUACGUCGACAGGGCCGACAAGGAGACGGAGGAGGAAGGCGAGCUCGAGGUGAAGCCCAGGGGGACCACGAUGGCGACGGCGACGGCGACUUCCGCGUCGUCGAACGACGGGGACGCGAAGAGCACCACCACCAGCGGCAGCGGCGGCGGGUUCGGCAGCGUCCGCCGCGCCGCGGCGGCAGCGCUCGCGUCGAUGGCCAGCAUGGCCACGGGCAGGAGCGUGAGCGCAGGCAGCAGAACCAGCGGGGAAGUGUCUUCGACAGCAGGCAGCGCCAUCGGUGGCGGCGGCGGCUCGAAGAGGCGGCUGUCUGGCGAGAUCGACAUGCCGACCGGCGAGCCCGAGGCCAAGAAGAUGAUGGCGAAGGCGGGCGAAGGCGGUGGUGGCGGCGGCUCCGGCCAUGGCGACAACAAGCGGCCCAUCGGCGGCUGGGUCCGCAUCGGCGGCGGCUGGGACGCCGGCGACCAGAGGAGGAGGUGCGGCGGCGGGAGUGUCUGGCGCUUCGCCCGCCGCGCAGAGGACGGGGUCGUCCAGCAGCUCGGGGGGUGCGAAGAGGACUUCGUCCUCCAGGACCGCUUCCUCCGCUUCGACCGUGGACUCCAAGGGGGUGCCGACCUCCUCAUACUCGAGCAUCGACUCCGUCGGUACCAAGAUCCACGCCCCGCCGUUCCUGCACCGGAUCGCGCCCAUGGAGGGGGGAGAGGUCGCGCGGCUCGACGGCAGCGACGAGGACAGCUCCUGAUGAUCUGGCUCCGGAUGAUGACGACGACGAUUUAAGGAUGAUCAAAUGUUUUCGUUUGUGUGUUUUGAAGCAAGGAGAGGAAAAGGCGGGGGUGAGUGAGGGUUGCAGGCUUGUCUGCCGCAACUGAAUGGAGGUGGUGUGUUUUGUGUUUGCCUAAUAUAUACGAGAUAUGCGAGGUUUAUGUUAUCUCUUGAGCUUGAAUGUUGUGUUGAGUUGGUUGGGAAUGGGGAUGCAUAUGCCGGUAUUCAUGACUUUUUUUUUUGGGGGGGGGGGACAGGCGGCGGGUGGUACAUACAGAGUUCCCUUCGAGAACAGGUUUGUUUGAAAAGUUUAAUUUGUGUGUGGUGGCAGAGGCAUGGUGGAGCCUUUGCUGAUCGUGAACGAACACGGUACGGUAGGUGCCUCGGCGGUAAAGAUGAUUUGGUUCGUUCUCGUCAAUGUGUUUCUCUUAGGCGUGUACGUGCGUAAGUUUUUUUCGCAGUGUGAACUUCACACUACAAAAAAUGCAGGAUAUAAUGUGAUGUAUAUGUCAGUAUGUCAGCGGUGUCUCUCUUGGGGGGCGCACGUGUAUGUUUGAUGCCUUGGUUUUCACUGCAUCUAUCAGCACGCAUACAACACAUACGAUCAGACUUGUACAGAAAAAGGUAGGGACGUUGUGACGAUGACGACACGAUUGAUGACAACGCACUUCCUUUGAAAGGAAAUGCAACAAUGACGACUCUUUUAUUUUUUUUCCCGCCAGCCGUUUAUGGUGGGAAAUUUUAGUUUCGCGCCUUUCGCGCCUUGCAUGAGCAAAUAUGCAACCAUGAAGGGGGGGAAAUGCUUGAGUUAACGCAAUCAAUCUUCUUCUAUUCGAGAAGAAUAUCAGAUCAGUUCAGCAGUCGUCUCGCAUUCGAAUAGAUUUAUUAUAUAUAUACACCCACAGUUAAUUGAUGACGUGGUUGUGUCUGUUUUACACGUUAUUGGGUGUUUUAUUUGGGG